AUGUCUGCCGCUCUUUCCCACCCCGAGAACACCCACGCUAACCAUACUUUUGCCGCCCUGGUCAAGUCUGACGCCCAGUUGGCUCCUCUUGCCGACCAUCCCUACACCAAGCCCGUCAGCGAGGAGCGCGUCGCUGCUGCCAAGGCUGGUCUCGAGGCCAGCGGGUUCAAGGUCCAGGUUGUCAACAACCGCGCCGAGGCCUUCCACGCCCUCAAGGCCCUUAUCCCUGCCGGUGCCAGCGUCAACAACGCCCAUUCGACCUCGCUCGAGGAGAUCGGCUUCAUCACCUACCUCAAGGGUGAGACUGAGUGGAACAAUGUCCAUGCCCAGAUCCUCGCCGAGAUGGACUAUGCCAAACAGGGUGAGCUUCGCCGCACCAUUGGUAGCACCGUCGACUACUAUCUCACUUCCAUGAGCGCCGUCACCGAGACUGGUGCUCUCGUUCACGCCGAUCUCUCCGGCUCCAAGGUCGGAGGUGUCGCCUUCGGUGCUGCUAAUGUUAUUGUCCUUGUUGGAUCCAACAAGAUUGUCAAGGAUGAGGAUGAGGCCUACAAGCGCACACACGAGUUCGCCGUCGCUGCUGAGAGUGCCCGUGCUCGUGAUGCCUACGGCGUCCCUGGCUCGGCUGCUAUCAAUUACGAGGUCAUCAAGAAGGCCAAUCCCUUCAACCCUAGCCGUAUCCAGGUUGUCCUUGUCAAGGAGGCCCUCGGAUACUAA